AUGUCCUUUUCGCUCCUCACUCACUUCACUCUACCUCCCAUUUUCAGCCUCUCCCUCACCCUCAUCAUCCUCUUUACGUCUUUGCUCAUUUUUGCCCUCAUCCUCACUUUCAUUCUGUCUCCCAUUUGCCACCUUGUACCCUUCCCUGGCGGCUGCCGUCACCGUCCUUUGGUUGCCGUCCAGUGCAAUCCGAAUCAGCCCUUCCGCAACCUGCAGACGAUCGAGGAGAUUGAAGAGUUCACGCAGCGGUUCAAUGAAAAACUUCUUCUCAAGUCCUUUCCAACUCUGCCGAUGAGCGACGAGGAGUCGAGCCUUGUCGACUCCGAGGAAGACUACGCCGAAGAAUCGCAGCCAGGCACGGCGUUCGAGCAGGAGAUGGCGCUGUUGGACGAUGAAAACGAAAUGCUCCUCGCCAGCUUCGGCCUGACGGAGGCUCAGAGCACGCGGUCUCUGACGGCGACCAGCGCGACGGGACUCAGAGCAUCGCUGAGCAGCCUCCAAACGGUGGGAUCGCGGCCGAAAAAGAAGAAACGUGUCAUGGUGGGACUGGCGAAUGCGGAGCAAUUGAAGUACCGCCGCGAGACGGACCUGCGAGUGCCCGAGUUUGUCAGACCACCGCUGCGUCGCUUCCGCUUGGAGGUGGUGAGUAGUCCCUGCCCCUCUCCCACUGGCCGGGACUCGAGCCCACGAAUUCCGGCGACGCGAAACUCUGUCGCGUCGGAAGUUUAG